AUGUCGUUUCACAGGCGGCUGUGUGCUCCUCGCUUGUAUAGGCGCAAAAUUCUUGCCCCUUUGCUCUCGGUGCUGGUGCUUGUCCUCGUCUACCUCUCGCUGCGCGAUCCCGCCCGCGACUGCGCCGUGCUCCUGCGGCCGGCCCACUGCGCCCUCAUCGCGGACUGGAAGCAUGGCCCUCCGGCAGCGCACGCGGCCGACCAUCCCAUCGACGGCCUGAUACGUGAGGCGCGCCUCAAUUUCCAGGAUGUGCUGCGCAAGCGCUCGACGUCGCUGCAGCAGGCCGCCCGGCGCUAUCAAGAGCGCCGCGGCCGCCACCCGCCGCCGGGCUUUGACGCCUGGUUUGCUGCUGCAACGAAGAGCAGGGCCAUCGUCGUCGAGGACUUCUUCGACCGUAUCCAUCACGACAUCUCCCCGCUUUGGGCGCUCGAGCCCCGCCAACUACGCCUCAAGGCUCACCACCAAGCCACCGUCGUCCGUGUGCGAGGCGCCAAGGUCGACUUGAACGUGCUCCCUCAGGACAUGCCGCAUCGUGUCGAGCAAUGGAUAAAGCUCGUUAGCGAACUGGCGCCUAAUCUUCCUGACCUCGACAUGCCUGUUAACACCAUGGACGAGUCGCGCAUCCUCGUCCCAUGGGAGACGGUAAACGAAUACGUUGCCAAGGCGCAAAAGCAGCGCCACAUCAUCGACGUCGGCGACGCCAUCGACCAUUAUGGCGGCCUCGACGACGUAGACAACAACUCGACCCUGCAUGACGACACGCUAUGGAUCACAGACGAGGCGAACAAGUACUGGGACCACCUGGCCGCCGCCUGCCCGCCAGAAAGCCCAGCUCGCAGAGUGCCCUCGCUAACGUCCUUUGGCGAAGCCAUCGAGUACCCCAGCCAACCAGUGCCGGCUUACACGCAUCGUGGUUUCGUCCAUAACUUCACCGUAUCCCAAGACCCUUGCUGGCAACCGCACCUACGCGGCAUGCACGGCACCUUUAUUGAGAGCAUUAGCAUGUCGACGACGCACGAGCUGGUGCCCAUGUUUGCCGAAUCGAAGCUGCUGCGUAACAACGAGCUCCUUAUCCCCGCUGCCGUCUAUCUCGACGACGGCCGGAUUGACUAUAGCGGCGGCUCUGCGCGUGGCGGUAGUUGGGCGCGCAAGAAUAACGCCGUGGUCUGGCGCGGCGUUGCCUCGGGCGGGCGCAACAGAAAGGACAACUGGCGGCACAUGCAUCGGAACCGUUUCGUCCAGAUGCUCAACGGCACAGCCAUCGCCGCCCUCGAGGCCGGCAACGAGAGUCAGGCCCCGACAUUUCGGCUCCCUGACUUGACUUCGUACUCGGUCCACGCGCGAGACCAGGGCUUGCUCGGUCGGUGGGUCUCGACGUGGGCCGACGUCGGCUUCGUCGAGGCGCCGUGCCAUCCGCCCGAGGACGUCGAGACGCUGCAGCGGCCCGAGCCGCAGCCGCCCGCCAAGUUUUGCAGCUGGUUGCGGCCGUGGUUCUCCGUCGCCGACAGCUUGCCCAUGGAGCAGCAGUACACGUCCAAGUUCCUACCAGACAUUGACGGCAACUCAUUUAGCGGCCGCUACCGAGCAUUCCUGCUGUCGACUAGCCUUCCGCUGAAGUCGACCAUCUACGCCGAGUGGCACGACGACCGCCUCUUCCCGUGGGUGCACUUUGUGCCUAUGGACAACUCUUUUAUGGACGUGUACGCGCUUAUCGACUAUUUUAUACAGCGUAGCCAUGACGCCGAGGCCCGGUCGAUUGCCGACCAGGGGAAGACGUGGGCUGAGACUGUUCUACGGCGCGAGGAUAUGAAGCUCUACGUAUGGAGGCUUUUAUUGGAAUACGCGAGAGUUGUCGACGAUAAUCGCCAUAAGCUAGCAUUUAUAGCGGACAAGACUAAGUAA